CGGACUGGCGCCGGGUCGGUUGCGGCCCGUGCGGAGGCUGAGCCGGCCGCGGGAGCGACCGGAGGCAGCUGGAAAAACAUACACAUGAACACAGAUGAUGUGUAGAAAGAUGUCUGAUGAUAGACUGGACCCCACCAAGAAGGUUUUCCCCAAAAUUGUGGCUACUUUCAGUUUCUGUUACUAUGGCAAUGACGGCAGGGACUACAGCCACCUUUCCUAUGAGCAACCAUACCCGGGAAAGAGUGACUGUGGCCAAGCUCACGCUGGAGAAUUUCUACAGCAACCUAAUUUUACAGCAUGAAGAGAGAGAAACCAGGCAGAAGAAAUUAGAAGUGGCUAUGGAAGAAGAAGGAUUAGCAGAUGAAGAGAAAAAGUUACGCCGAUCACAACAUGCUCGCAAGGAAACAGAGUUCUUACGGCUCAAGCGGACCAGACUUGGCUUGGAUGACUUUGAGUCUCUGAAAGUUAUAGGAAGAGGAGCAUUCGGAGAGGUGCGGCUGGUCCAGAAGAAAGAUACAGGCCAUAUCUAUGCAAUGAAGAUAUUGAGAAAAUCUGAUAUGCUUGAAAAAGAGCAGGUGGCCCAUAUCCGAGCAGAAAGAGAUAUUUUAGUAGAAGCAGAUGGUGCCUGGGUGGUGAAGAUGUUUUACAGUUUUCAAGAUAAGAGGAACCUUUAUCUAAUCAUGGAAUUUCUCCCUGGAGGUGACAUGAUGACAUUGCUAAUGAAGAAAGAUACUUUGACGGAAGAGGAAACACAGUUCUACAUUUCAGAGACUGUUCUGGCAAUAGAUGCGAUCCACCAGUUGGGUUUCAUCCAUCGGGAUAUUAAACCAGACAACCUUUUAUUGGAUGCCAAGGGUCAUGUAAAAUUAUCUGAUUUUGGUUUGUGCACGGGAUUAAAGAAGGCUCAUAGGACUGAAUUCUACAGAAAUCUUACACACAACCCACCAAGUGACUUCUCAUUCCAGAACAUGAACUCAAAGAGGAAAGCAGAAACAUGGAAGAAGAACAGGAGACAACUGGCAUAUUCCACAGUGGGGACACCAGAUUACAUUGCUCCAGAAGUGUUCAUGCAGACUGGGUACAACAAAUUGUGUGACUGGUGGUCUUUGGGAGUAAUUAUGUAUGAAAUGCUAAUAGGAUAUCCACCUUUCUGCUCUGAAACACCUCAAGAAACAUAUAGGAAAGUGAUGAACUGGAAAGAAACUCUGGUAUUUCCUCCAGAGGUGCCUAUAUCUGAAAAAGCCAAGGACUUAAUUCUUAGGUUUUGUAUUGAUUCUGAAAAUAGAAUUGGGAAUAGUGGAGUAGAAGAAAUAAAAAGUCAUCCUUUUUUUGAAGGUGUAGAUUGGGGGCACAUCAGGGAAAGGCCAGCAGCAAUCCCUAUAGAAAUCAAAAGCAUUGAUGAUACAUCAAAUUUUGAUGACUUUCCUGAAUCUGAUAUUUUACAACCAGUGCCAAACACCACAGAACCGGACUACAAAUCCAAAGACUGGGUUUUCCUCAAUUAUACCUAUAAGCGGUUUGAAGGGUUGACUCAGCGUGGCUCUAUCCCCACCUACAUGAAAGCUGGGAAAUUAUGAAUGAAGAUCCCAUUCGCUCACAACCAAGAGAACUCAGGUAGCUGCAUCACCAGGCUUGCUUGGCGUAGACAACAGUACACUGAAAUACUCCCGAAGAUGGUGGUGCUUCUGACUACAAGAGGAAAUUCUACAGGAUUAGGAUUUCUAAGACUACUACAGGAAUUGGUUGGCAGUGCCAGCUGGCUUUUUUUUUUUUAAUAUUUUAUUAUUUUUGUUAACUUUAUUAUAUGAAGGUACUGGAAUAAAAGAAAUGUACAUCCCUUUCUAACUGCACUGCCUACAUGCGUAUUAAGGUCCAUUCUGCCUGUGUGUGCUGUGGCUUUGUACUGUAACACCUCUAAUCAAUUCAGGAGCAACAUAUGUCAUUUAUAGCAACAUAGGCUAACCUGUAGGUAACACUGCAGUAUUGCUGUUUUACUGCAAACCUUAUGGGUCUAGAUAAUCAAUAAAAGCCAUUAGAACACUUGCCCUAUUGGUUUGGACAUGUAUAGAAUAUAUAUGAAGACAAUUUCUGUAAUGGUUUUAAGACAUUUUAAAAAGGAAAUACACUGGUUAUUUAAAAAAUAGAAUUUAUCAUCACGUUAUUGCACAAACUCCACAGUAGGGAGUGACAAGUUUAUAAUAAGGAGGAAGUUUUAGCACCUUCACUCAAGCACUCCACUAAUAUAUUUACUUUGCAUUCAGAAAUACUGAUGACCUUUAUAUACGUAGUCUGUAUACUCAUAGGGAGAUGUACUGUAUUAUAUAAAAUGUAAAGUUGCUUUUCUUGUGACAAGAGGACUUCUUUUUUAACAAGAGGACAUGGCAUUAUUUUAAUUUGAUUAUGGUGAGUUGAAUUUAAGAAAUGACCAUGAGGGCUGCUUGUAGAGAACUAGUGUAUUUUUAUUAAACUAUUUUUUUAAAUGUCAGACUUCUGAUCAUGUAAAUGGACUUGUAGAGAACAAAGAGCUAUUUGGUUUUCUAGAAAGUUGUUACAUAUCAUGGCUGGUUAACGUUUAUUUCUUUUGAUGAAAAUUUUUCCUUUGAUAGUACUUGUAUUAUUGUGCCAUUAUCUUCUUAUACUCCAAAUGUACCAAAGAUCCUGAACAGAGUGGAUGUUCACAACUGAGGAGGAUUUUACUGUCCUGUGGGAAUGCUGUCUUCAGAUCUUUGAUAGAGGCCAGCUCAUUCAAGGGCAAUAUUGUUCAUGUUUAGCUACAUCACUGUGGCUAAUGUAAAUGGAAUUAAGGAAGUAAAUGAAGGCCGGGGGGGUUGUGAUUAGAGAAUAGGGGUGAUGAUGUCAGCAGCAAAUUCUCUGGGUAUUUCCCUAAGAAUGGAAUAGUCUUUUCUAGCUCAACAUUUUAAUUUUAAAAUGACUCUCUGAGGUUUUGGUUUCAUCAGUAGUAGUGGAGAAGUAAUACUUUAUCAAAGAAUGGCCUAAUGUUUGUCUUAACUGUUAACUGGUGGAAUUUUUUUAGAUACAACAGUUAUCACUAUUACAAAUGAUCUGUGAUCAGAAUCUAAAAUGAUAAUUUAUUUGUACGGAUGUUCUUCUUAGUGGGGAAGAAUUGCAUAGGAUCAUUAUGCAAAUCUACAAAAGAUUUUAUAAAUAUUGCUGCUUGCUGGGGAGCUCCACAGUGUUUUAAUAAGGUCAUUCUAGGUUUUUUUCCUGCCCUGUUCUCCCCUUCCCUUCCUCCCCAUUCCUUCCCUUCCUUCCCUUUCCCUCACCCCACUCUUUCCUAGUAUUUGUUUGAUACUUAUUAUGUGUUCAUCUAAUAGUUCAUCUCCAUUUUUCUUAUUUGGAUCAUCUCUCAUCUAGGAGAGAGAACUAUUAAAAUCCUGGGGUUAUCUCAAUUUGACUAACUCUGGUUUUCCUAAUUAUAACUGCCUCUAAUUUUAAAAAAUCUUUAACUUAUGUUUAGUUUUAUGAGAUUUUUCUCAACCCCCCCCCCCCAUUUUAAAAAAGGAUGUUUUGCUAGUGUGAUAGUGAAUGGGUAAGAUAUGAGGAAAUUGCAACAUUCUCUGGCUCUAAUAUGGUAACUCUUCUAGUAUAAAAAAAUUCAUUAAUUCAAGUUAGAGAGAGAGAUUGAUAUAAAGGAGCUGAGUUUACCUUUUAAUUGAAUAAGAAUAGAGCAUUUUAGUUUCCAUCUCCUUCAUUCUUAUUAAUAGGAAGAACUUGGGAAUAGUUAUGGUUUCUUGGCAGUGGAAGGGCAGUUAGGGAAAAUUUACUUUGUUUAGAGUCUCAUUUUUCCCUGGAGUUAAUAGAGUGAUUCAUAAUCUUUGGGGUUUCCUCCUCAUCAAAAGCAUUUCUUAAGUGCCUAUCUAAAAGCAAUUAAAGACUGUGUCUGCCCUUUGGAAGCUAAGAAUUUGAUUCAUGAUGCAAAUUAGCUAGAUGAUUUGCGAAGUACCCUUGAGAUUGAAUUUUCUCUAUUAUAUACUUCCCGUAUUUCAGGUGAACCAUUUAAUUUAAAUGACAAAACCCUACCUAAUCAACUGAGCAUAAUGACAUUUUCUUUAAAUUAGACUCUAUUUUGAAUUAAAGAGUUUUGUUAUAAACUGUGUGUUCUUGGUUUUUCUAAGUACAUAGAAAGCUUGUAUAAUUCAGAUUUAUUGAUUUCCUGAUUUAAUGUAGACUUUGACUUUUUUAUUAAAAAAACCUUUGUAUUAAAGCAAGUUAUGUUAUUUUUCUUUUAUGCUUUUCUUAUUAACAUAGCUUUAAAUCUUUAAAUUUAUUGAAGCAUAGUGCAAUCUGAGAAUAGGGAAUUUCUUAUAAGUCAACCUCUUCUGAAUGGAAUAUAUAUAUGAUUUAAUAAGCUAUUAGUUGAAUGGAAAAUAAGUGUGGAAUGUUCAAAACUUUCUUUGGUUGCUAAGGCUCAAGAUAGGAUUUCAUUUAUUUCUAUAAUAACAUACUUUUUCUGUUUUUUUAAACACCUGUUAUCUUUGUGUAAAUCUGUAAAUCUCAAAAUAUUUUUAAGUACAUUUAUUUUUGGUGCUUUAUUGUAGAAAACCUUUAGACUGUCAACCCAUCAGUAUCUACUGGUAGGAGAAACAGCUAUCCAUCUAUCAAUGAUCUACAAAUAAACGAAUUGAGAUGUUAAUCAGUAGAGAGGUCCCUGCCUACCAAACACACUCUCUCUUUGAAUUGCUAAGACUGAGAACAUUCAAAAUAACCGUUUUGCUACAACCAUGAUUAUUUCCUUGUUGUCUUUAUUUAAAUUUUAUUUUCUCUAUAGAAGUGCACUUAUUUCUGGAAACUUUUAAUGAAACAAACACUUGGAACAAAUAUAAGUACAAGACACUUAGGACUACUAGAGAUAUUUUAGAUUUUUAUGAAAAAAAAUGAGGGAGAUAUUGCUGCUUUAAAAAGGUCUGAAAUAAUAAAAAUAGAUGUUAGUUAUUUUUUUUUAAAGCAAUAUAAAUUAUUCAGUUGUCUGGAAAAAUAAUCACCAGGCUAUCGAGUUCUGUCUUCAGGUACUGAGUUUCAAAGAAAUGUUUUGGUGGCAUGAGGCCUUUUUCCUUGAAGGUAAGAAAAGAAUAAAAACUAUGUUUAUAAUAUUUCUGCUGGUGAGGUUUUUUUGGUUAUAUUUUAAAGUUUUGAGAUAGGUGUUAUCCAAAACUCAAGAAAGACUAUUUUGUAAAUGUAUCUAACUUUUAUACUUAAAGAUUACAUCAAGAACAAAACAAAUAUUUUAAGUUUCAGUUGUGUUGAAACAGUUAAGAUAGUUGUACAGGUUUAUAUUACAGCUACCCCACCCACUAGGCCAAAACCAAUUGGCAGGCAGAAGUGAAAUCUAAAAUGCCUCAAAAUUAAAUUGAAAAUGCCUCAAAAUAGUAUGGAAACGAGUGAUGUAAGUGCCCCAGGUACCCAGGUACCACCACAUCUGUCCCGUGGGAGACACUGCUCAUCGAUCGUGAUACUCUUUCUGCUGAGCCCAGAGGGAGCCAAUCAGAAUCCUGUUCAUCCUAGUUGUGCUCCCAGCUGUUCCCCGACUGACACUGUUUCGGUAAUGCUGUUGCUAAGACAAAACGGUGAAAACACUGAGUAGCAAAAUUUGGACGCUGGAGCAAACCUGGACUCCUCUCUACAUUUACCUUCUUUCAAAAGCAUCUUGUGAUUAAAAGAACUUACAUUGGUGUACAAAAUGCUCUCACCUUAUUUAUUUUGGUUU